ACGGGAAGCGCCUCUCCUCCCGUCUGCCACGCCCCCUGGAGGAACGUCACCGCCCUGCCUGCCAAUGGCGGCCCGAGGGAGGCGCUCGAGCUCUAGGGGGGAGCCGUCAGUCAGGCUGUGGAGAGGCGCCUGAGGCGCGGUGGUCGUUGUGGUUCGGGAGCCCCGAUGGUCGGGGGGCCUGCGGCUGCCUCAGGGCUCGCAAGGAACGUGGCAGCGGGCUGGGAGUGACUUGGUUCAAGAUGAUCACAAAAUGCAGUUGGUCAAUACAAGUUGUAUGGACUCUCCUGAGUAUUUACUCCUUUGCAGAUGGACUUGUGAAAUUAUGUGGCCUAAUCACUCCAGAGUCUCCAGUGGUGGCAAUCGGCUCCAAUUUUACAGCAAUAUGCGUUCUCAAUGACAGUUGUCAGAACAAUUACGGCAAUGUUCAUGCUAAUCAGAUAAUCUGGAAGACUAAAAACAAAGUGGUUCCUAAGGAACAGUAUAGUGUAAUAAACCGCACUGCUUCUCAAGUAACGUUUAAUGACACCUCUACGUUGGUUUCUCCUCUGACGUGCAACAUCUUAGUAGCAGGGAACAUUGAGCAGAAUAUCUAUGGAAUUCAAGUUCAGUUGGGCUUACCCCCAGAAAAGCCUAGAAAUUUGACUUGCAUUAUGAAUCAAAUAGACAAGGACACAUACAAUCUGCCAUGUACCUGGGAACCUGGAAGGAAUACUUUUCUGAACACCAAGUACUAUUUAAAACAUCGAUGGGUCGAUGAGGUUUUUGAUGACUGCAUCCCCAAUGGCAUAAACAACACUUGCACCAUAGAAGAUGGCAUUACGUUUUUUGUCAACACUGAAGUGUGGGUGGAAGCUAAUAAUGAUCUUGGGAUGACUGAAUCUGAACACAUUAAAUUUGAUCCUUCAACAUGUGUGAAACUUCUACCUCCACGCGUUUCAGUCAGCGUAAGUGAAAUUCCCACGGUCCUGAAACUGUCAUGGGAAAAUUGGCUUGGUUCAGAGUUGGAUUUGGAAUAUAACAUUCGGUACAAAGUCAUUGAUAGCUUGGACUGGCUAGAGGUUCCUCCUGAAGACACAGCAACACGGAGAACUUCUUUCAUUCUCCAAGAUUUGAAGCCACAUACCAAGUAUGUAUGUCAGCUGCGUUCUAAGGUUAAAAACUGGACAGAUAUGAUGUUGAGUGACAACUGUCAAUCUCGUUGGAGUGAAUGGAGUAAAGAAGUAGUUGGGGUCACAGCUGAAGAUAAACCAUCUAAGGGGCCAGAUUUGUGGAGAGAAAUAAUUGCUUCUCCAUCAGGAAACAGAACUGUGCAGCUGACCUGGAAGGAAUUGGAUCAUUCUGCUGCCAAUGGAAUAAUUUUAAGGUAUGAAGUAAAUGUUACAGCAAAGCCGCCACUUUCUUUGCCACCUGAGUUCUUCAGUUUGAAUGCCACUGAGCUGACUCUUAAUCUACAGAAUGGGACAUACGAAGUAAAGCUUACAGCAUAUAACAGCGUUAGUGGGUCUCCUAUAUCCGUUUUGGUUAUCCCAGGACCUAACUCAAAAACCCUUUCUGCUCCUGUGAAAGAUGUUAAAGUGUCUCCUAAAGAAGACAAGCUCUGGGUGGAGUGGACAGCUGCCAAUGACUAUGCCAAUAAAUACAUACUUGAAUGGUGUGAACAGUGUGACAGUUCGAGCUGCAGUUUUGAAUGGCAACAGGAACCUGGAACAGCUCAAGGCUCAUUUAUAAGAGGAAAUAUAAAGCCAUUAACAUGUUACUUGAUAACUGUAUAUCCAUUAUAUGCCAAUAGUCCGGGAGUUGGGAAAUCAGUGCAAGCUUAUCUUCAGCAAGGUGAACCUGCAAAAGGUCCCAGUGUUCAAACAAGGAAAGUUAGAAAAAAUGAAGUCAUUUUAGAAUGGAAACCUCUUCCUGUGGCAGAACAGAAUGGAUUCAUCAGAUAUUAUUCUAUAUAUUAUAGAAUGAAUAAUGGAAAUGAAACUGUUAUUAAUGUGGAUCCCUCCAAAACAGAAUAUAUACUGUCAUCCUUAUCAAGUGACACCUUAUAUAUGGUACAGAUGGAAGCAGUCACAGAGAAGGGAAGAAAACGUGGUCCCCCUAUCACAUUUACCACUCAGAAGUUUGGGGAAGGAGAAAUCGAAGCAAUAGUUGUUCCUGUGUGUCUAGCAUUCCUGCUAUUUACUCUCCUGGGAGUACUGUUCUGCUUCAACAAACGAGAUGUCAUCAAGAAGCAUAUCUGGCCUAAUGUACCUGAUCCUUCCAAGAGUGUAAUUGCUCAGUGGUCACCUCAAACACCGUCAAAGCAUUUUAAUUCCAAAGAGCAGAUAUAUCCAGAAGGCAGCUUUACUGAUGUCAGUGUUGUCGAAAUAGAAGCUGAUGACAAGAAAUCCUUUUCCGAACAGGAUCUGAAGCCUUUUGACUUGCUUAAAAAGGAGAAAAAUGCCUCGGAGGGCCACAGCAGUGGGAUAGGGGGGUCCUCCUGUAUGUCUUCUCCUCGGCAGAGUGUUUCGGAUAGUGAUGAAGGUGAACCUGCUCAGAACACUUCCAGCACUGUGCAAUAUUCAACUGUAGUGCUCAACGGCUACCGAGACCAGAUACCUUCCGUUCAGCCCUUUUCCAGGUCCGAAUCUACUCAGCCCCUGCUGGAUUCUGAGGAGCAGCCAGAAGAGCAGCAAGUAGCGGAUAGUGGCGGCGGGGGCUCAACCCCAGUGCAUCGCUAUUUCAAACAGAAUUGUAAUCGGGAGGAGCCCUUCGUUGAUGUGUCUCAUUUGGAAAGAGUGAAACAAAUCUCUCCAAUAAAUGAAGAAGAUAUUGCUGGACUUCAGGCCUCACAAACGUGUGGCUCAAUCCCUGGAAGGGAGGAACAGGAAGCUGCUUUUGCAGGUGCCUUCCAUCCAAGCCCUGAAGGACAAACUGAGCAGUUUGAAACCUUGGGCAUAAAUGCAGUAACUGAGGAUGAGAUGCCAAAAUGCUAUCUACCACAGACUGUGAGGCAGGGUGGUUACAUGCCCCAGUGACUAAGACUGCCUCCUGCUAGGCCUCACAGCCUCCUUUUUUUAAGUUAAAAUGUUGGAUUUUUUUUUUAAAAUUGUGCUUCAGAUGAACCAUUAUCUUAAUGGAAAGGAACUUGUAGGUUUGAGAAUUUUGGAGUAGACUUCUUCCUUCAAGCACUACAUCUCAGUCAGGUUUUCAGAGAAAUGCUUUUUGACCCUGUGGCAUCCUGUUUCAUUUUAAUGUGAAAUGGAAAGUCACUUUCAUUUUGCCACAGCAGUAAAGGCAUAGAGAUGGGGACUGAUUGUAGGUACCUUCUUACCAUUAGAUUCUGAAGACAUUAAGAUUGUUACAUGAUAAAUGAUUUCCUUUUUGCUAGGCCAGAGUCUGCCUUUUAAAAAAUAGGCAGGAGUUGCAGUAUCUAACCUAGAAAAACCUUUUAAAAAAUUAAUCAGAGACCAGAGCUUUGACAAUCUCUGGCUUGAGGUAGAAUGCAGUAGCUGGAAUUGCACAGAUUCCCAGAUUAACUGACUAGAAAGGCUCCACUUAUUUGAGGGCCCUCUUCCAUCCGCACAGUUCUCAGGAAACUAUGGAAUUGCAAGAGAUUCUAUUCAUAGCCACAAGGAUAGAUUACUUUAAAAGCAGAUCACACAAAUUCAUGGAGGAGAGUUUCAUCAGUGGCAACUAACUGGUGGAUACUUAGGGAGCCUCCAUAUUCAUAGUCAGUAAACUUCUGAGUACCAAUACUGGGAGGCAACCAUAGGGGAGGCCUUGUUGGCCAUCCUGAAUAACUAGUUGGCCACUGUGUGGUGUAGAAUCCUGGAUUACAUGGACCACUCACUUGGUCCAGCAAGGCUCUUCUUACAUUCUUAUGUAAGAAUCUUCAGUGAGCCAGGUAAAAUAUGUACCACGUAGUGAGCGUGGUUAUUAUUCAAGCCUGAAUGCUAGUAUAGCUUUCAGUAUUGCACCCCUCUGUUUAGGCUUGCUCUUAAUCGGAGCCAAAGCAUAAUGAAGUGUGGAUGUUCUGUUUUGAAUGUGAACAUUUUUAGGCUGAAUACUGACCUGAAAAUCUCAUACACAUGCACUCUUCUUUUUCUUUCAUUCUCACCAGGUUAAGCUCUAGUAAAAUAAACAUUUCAAUUGAUAUUGCAUAAUAAAGUUUUAUAAGGUAAGCAUUGUGUUGUUUGUGAGAGAGCCUGCUGCUCUUUUACAAACUGCCAGUACAAGGUUCAAGUAUUUCUUGCUUCCACUGGCUGCUGUUAUGGAUUUCUAGAGCAUUUUGAGGAAACUAUUUAAAAGGGCACCAGGAAGAACCACAAAGCCUCAGCACUUUGCAUGGGGGCGGGCAUUCUCUCCCUUCUGCCUAGAGCUUUUCAGUUCAUAACAAAAUCUUUCCUGAAAACAUUUCUUGUGGUCCUAUCUGUUUUCAUGAUAAAAUCAUCCAAGACAGUUUGGUUCCUAUAAACUGACGAAUCUAAUUGGUUUUGUUUUGUUUUGCAUUACAGCAUUAAUAAGCUGACGUUCAUUCUGAGAAAAAGCCAAAAACACUACAGCUGUUUUAAAGAGAAAUAAAAGGUUCUUUUUAAUUGUUCCUCCAAAAUUUAAUGACACACAGUAACUUACAUUUUGAAAUCUCUGUGAUUAGGGAGCAAUCAUUUCUGUAGAUCAUCGUUACUUCUCAAGAUGUUACCCUGUUACUACUGGUUGUAUAGAAGGCUAGCUGGAUCAGCACACUGUUAUCUUCAAAUUAUUCAUGAAUAACUUUCAAACCCUUACAGAGUUUAUCUACAAAUCUAUUCCAAUUUCAGCCGCAGUUCAUUAUUAGUGAAGUUGGUGAUAAUGUGUGCCAUAACCUUGUAUAAAUCCUUCUAGGUUAGGAUGUAUUUACUCUUGCUUUUACUAUUGGGUUUCUUAACUGCUCCUUGUAUAUAUUACAAUAUUUCCAUCUAGUGUUUUGUAAAAGUGUAAUGAUUGGCAGCCUUUUUAUUUAGUUUGUAGCACUUUCUGCUUUGGCAAUUCAAGCUUGCUUUCUCUUUUCAGGAGCCUUUGGCUGCUCAUAGUGAAGUGCAUGUAGAAUGCUAUUCAUGAAUAGCUUACUCUGCCCUGGCAGAAUGAAUCAGUUGUAAAACUGGGGCGAAAAGGGGUGACAGUGUGGAGUGGAGGACCUUGCUACAUGAAAAUGCAGCUCUUUUUUUAAAAAAAAUGUCCCGUGCAAUCCUGUUAGAUUCUUUUCCAGUCCUUAUUUACCUUACUGUUGCACACAAGGUUGGUCUUUUUAAAAAGCAGUCUACCCUGAUCCCAACUCUCGUCAUGAUCCUCAGAUGAGAUGGAAGAAAUUGGCAAUGUUAGGUAAAUGUCCAUGUAGUUCCUUGUUAGCUAAGCUAAUAUCUUAAAUCGUGCUGCAUUUUAAAUGUGGGUACAGAUUCAGUCCCCAGCAUACCCAGUUCAAAAUGUAUUGGGUGGUAGGGGAUGUGAGAACUCUGCUUGGAGAGGCAUUAUCAAUCAGAGCAGACAAUGCUGACCUUGGUUGGACCAUUAGUCUAACUUUAUGUAAUGCAACUUCAUGUAUCCAGCGUAGCUUAGUAGGCUUCUCUCUAGAAUAUUUACCAGUAGGAAACAAGUGAGAAAGGGACUUUCUAAUGGGUAGCAGGAGUCUUUUGAUUGAGUUACUACACAAAGUAUUAGGAAGCAAUACAGCAAAAGAUGGGUUUGAAAUGGGAGGCUGUUCUCAUACAAAAAUUCUAAUUACUAGUGUUUAAAAAAAGGUUGGUCCCAUUGUACUAAGGGUUUUGUUUUUGUGUAUUCUUAAAAUGGGAGUAGAAAUCAGAUUGGCUGGGUUGGGGGACAUUUUGGACCACAGUAGGGGAAGGGAAAGCAAGAAAGUUGCACUCUUCCAAGGGCAGUUGACUUAAUGUGUGUUCUGUGCCCAUCAAGCUGCUUUGGGCUUAUGGCAACCCUAUGAAUGAAUGACCUCCAAAACAGCCCAUCUUUAACAAUCUUACUCAUUGCUUGCAAACUGAAUACCAUGGCUCCCCUAAUUGAGUCAAUCCAUCUCUUUUCCUAGCAUUGUCUUUUCCAGUGAGUCUUAUUUUCUUCUACCUUUCCUAAAUAUGGCAAUUGGAGAAACCUAGGCUGCAUGCUGAGAUUCUUGAAUCUUCCUUAAAGCAACUUAGAGGAAAGGUGCCUCAAGCAGUUGUUCAUGACACCAAGAAUAUAGGUUACAUAUCCCUUGUCCGUGUUUCACCCUGAAUUGUACCCUGUAAGGAUGCCAGUUACUUAGGUAUUGGCACAAUCCUAUGGCGAUUGCCUUCCCACCCACCCCCAAUACACUAAUGGAAAACAGGCCUGCAGUGUGUGGGGACGGGGGGAGGGAAGAAUCCCAUUUUGCAUUGUGCACUUGAAAGCAGUUUAUAAAAUCAGUGAUUCUCAGCUAUGAAGCCAGUUUUCAAUACACAUGUUUAAAGAAAUGUGUAAUAAAAUUGUACACAUGGGCAACUUUGUAUGUUUUGUAUUUCAAGCUCAAUGAUGUGCUGCUGAAUGUAACUUUUUACUAGCAUAUUGCAUGGCCUUAAACCCUAUGUAGCAUAAUCCUACGCAUGUUGACUCCAAAGUAUCACUGUGUUCAGUGGAACUUAAUUCCUCCCCCCCCCCCAGUGAGAGUGAACACAAUUGCAGCCUUAGUGACAUUUGGAAUUCAUGCAGUUUAAGGGAGAUCCAGACUUUCUUGUUGAACCUUGAAGGCACUGAAGCAGUCCACCUUGGCACGUUUACAUAGUUCACGCAAGAAGUUUGCAUGACUUGUGUAACGUCAUGUUUCCCUUCCUCAAAAACAGCUCCUUGUAGCUUGAUUAUGGGCUGAAGUGGCAAGCUAAACUCCCAUACCCUUGUGACUCAAAGCUUGGCCAGCUGGAUGUUUGGAAACCAAAUCUAUGUUGUUUUGUGAAUGGAGCAGCAUUUCUAAAAAGUGAUCACAGUAAAUGUUAUUUGGUUUCAAAAAUCUGACAGUUCAUGUUCACUACCUGUAUUAUGGCUUGUUGCUCAUUAUGGUUACAUAUCCAGUGUUAUUUGAUGUAUCUAUGCAAAAUUCUUAGGAAUUUGUCAGGGCUUCUCUGUACUGGAAAUCAGUGCACUUGCAAAUAUUUACAGUAGUUGCAAUCUCUCUGUGCAUGAACAUGUAUUGUUUCUAAAGUGAGAACCCUAUUUGCGGAAGGCUUGGAGAGACAUUCUGUGUUAAAUGAUUUUACCACAAAGAGCAAAGGAGUUUGAAUAGUGACUCUGAAAUGGAUCUACCCUUUAUUUUUGGUGUUAACAGAAAUGCCACCUAGCUUGGUUAUAUGGUUUUGUUUUGCACCAGCUAGGAAAGAAAACAUCAAAGGCCAGGUAUUUCCUUGGAAUUCUGUAUUUGUCUCAACAUUUUUUAAAAUUAUGUUAGGUUUCAGAGGAGCCCCACCCCCACCCUCUGCAGAGCUAUGCAAGCACACCUCCUUGUGGCAUUUUGAGUAACUCCCAGGUGGUUUUUCUAGAUAGCUUUUUCAGCUAAGCACAGUCAGCUAUUAAACGGGAAGUGUAGACAACUACUUGUACAUUUGCACAGAAAUGUCCGGUACUCAUCCUGUCUUCAAGGUGCACAUUCAUUGUCAUGUACAUGUUAUGAAAGCUAUUCUGUUACUCUUUGUAUUAGUAAAUGCCUUCCUGGGAGGACCACCCUUUACUGUAUAUGUAUGUUGCCUUUAAAAAACAAGCUAAUAUACAAUUAUAAAAGUAACCAUUAAAAAUUAGCCAUUGCUUGUUUCUCAGUA